AUGCCUGGGAAGAGAGGCUGGGGCUGGUGGUGGGCCCGGCUGCCCCUUUGCCUGCUCCUCAGCCUUUAUGGCUCCUGGGUGCCUUCCUCCCUGGGGAAGCCCAAGGGCCACCCCCACAUGAAUUCCAUCCGCAUAGAUGGGGACAUCACAUUGGGAGGCCUGUUCCCAGUGCACGGCCGGGGCUCAGAGGGCAAGGCCUGUGGAGAGCUUAAGAAAGAAAAGGGCAUCCACCGGCUGGAGGCCAUGCUCUUCGCUCUGGAUCGCAUCAACAAUGACCCGGACCUGCUGCCCAACAUCACGCUGGGCGCCCGCAUUCUGGACACCUGCUCCAGGGACACCCAUGCCCUCGAGCAGUCGCUGACCUUUGUGCAGGCGCUCAUCGAGAAGGAUGGCACAGAGGUCCGCUGUGGCAGUGGUGGCCCACCCAUCAUCACCAAACCUGAACGUGUGGUGGGUGUCAUCGGUGCGUCAGGGAGCUCGGUCUCCAUCAUGGUGGCCAACAUCCUUCGCCUCUUCAAGAUCCCCCAGAUCAGCUACGCCUCCACAGCCCCCGACCUGAGCGACAACAGCCGCUACGACUUCUUCUCCCGUGUGGUGCCCUCGGACACGUACCAGGCCCAGGCCAUGGUGGACAUCGUCCGUGCCCUCAAGUGGAACUACGUGUCCACGCUGGCCUCGGAGGGCAGCUACGGCGAGAGCGGUGUGGAGGCCUUCAUCCAGAAGUCGCGGGAGGACGGGGGUGUGUGCAUCGCCCAGUCGGUGAAGAUACCGCGGGAGCCCAAGCCGGGGGAGUUCGACAAGAUCAUCCGGCGCCUGCUGGAGACCUCGAACGCCAGGGCAGUCAUCAUCUUCGCCAAUGAGGAUGACAUCAGGCGCGUGCUAGAGGCGGCACGGAAGGCCAACCAGACAGGCCACUUCUUCUGGAUGGGCUCGGACAGCUGGGGCUCCAAGAUCGCACCUGUGCUGCACCUGGAGGAGGUGGCCGAGGGCGCUGUCACUAUCCUCCCCAAGAGGAUGUCCGUGAGAGGCUUCGACCGCUACUUCUCCAGCCGCACGCUGGACAACAACCGGCGCAACAUCUGGUUUGCCGAAUUCUGGGAGGACAACUUCCAUUGCAAGCUGAGCCGCCACGCGCUCAAGAAGGGCAGCCACGUCAAGAAGUGCACCAACCGCGAGCGCAUCGGGCAGGACUCUGCGUACGAGCAGGAGGGGAAGGUGCAGUUUGUGAUCGAUGCCGUGUAUGCCAUGGGCCAUGCGCUGCACGCCAUGCACCGUGACCUGUGUCCCGGCCGCGUGGGGCUCUGCCCGCGCAUGGACCCCGUGGAUGGCACCCAGCUGCUCAAGUACAUCCGCAGUGUCAACUUCUCAGGCAUCGCAGGGAACCCCGUGACCUUCAAUGAGAACGGAGAUGCACCCGGGCGCUACGACAUCUACCAGUACCAGUUGCGCAAUAGCUCUGCCGAGUACAAGGUCAUCGGCUCCUGGACCGACCACCUGCACCUCAGAAUAGAGCGGAUGCACUGGCCAGGGAGUGGGCAGCAGCUGCCCCGCUCCAUCUGCAGCCUGCCCUGCCAGCCAGGCGAGCGGAAGAAGACAGUAAAGGGCAUGCCCUGCUGCUGGCACUGCGAGCCCUGCACAGGGUACCAGUACCAGGUGGACCGCUACACCUGUAAGACCUGUCCCUAUGACAUGCGGCCCACAGAGAACCGCACGGGCUGCCGGCCCAUCCCCAUCAUUAAACUGGAGUGGGACUCACCCUGGGCCGUGCUGCCCCUCUUCCUGGCCGUGGUGGGCAUCGCCGCCACACUCUUCGUGGUGGUCACCUUCGUGCGCUACAACGAUACGCCUAUCGUCAAGGCCUCGGGCCGCGAGCUGAGCUAUGUGCUGCUGGCGGGCAUCUUCCUGUGCUAUGCCACCACCUUCCUCAUGAUCGCCGAGCCUGACCUGGGCACCUGCUCUCUGCGCCGGAUCUUCCUGGGGCUCGGCAUGAGCAUCAGCUACGCGGCGCUGCUCACCAAGACCAACCGCAUCUACCGCAUCUUCGAGCAGGGCAAGCGGUCGGUCAGCGCCCCGCGCUUCAUCAGCCCCGCCUCGCAGCUGGCCAUCACCUUCAGCCUCAUCUCCCUGCAGCUGCUGGGCAUCUGUGUGUGGUUUGUGGUGGACCCCUCCCACUCGGUGGUGGACUUCCAGGACCAGCGGACGCUCGACCCCCGCUUCGCCAGGGGUGUGCUCAAGUGCGACAUCUCGGACCUGUCGCUCAUCUGCCUGCUGGGCUACAGCAUGCUGCUCAUGGUCACGUGCACCGUGUACGCCAUCAAGACGCGCGGCGUGCCCGAGACCUUCAACGAGGCCAAGCCCAUUGGCUUCACCAUGUACACCACGUGCAUCGUCUGGCUCGCCUUCAUCCCCAUCUUCUUUGGCACCUCGCAGUCGGCAGACAAGCUGUACAUCCAGACGACGACGCUGACGGUCUCGGUGAGUCUGAGCGCCUCGGUGUCCCUGGGGAUGCUCUACAUGCCCAAGGUCUACAUCAUCCUCUUCCACCCGGAGCAGAACGUGCCCAAGCGCAAGCGCAGCCUCAAAGCCGUCGUCACCGCGGCCACCAUGUCCAACAAGUUCACGCAGAAGGGCAGCUUCCGGCCCAACGGCGAGGCCAAGUCCGAGCUCUGCGAGAACCUCGAGGCGCCGGUGCUGGCCACCAAACAGACCUACGUCAGCUACACCAACCAUGCAAUCUAGCUAGGCCGCCGGAGCCAACAGGAGGAGGAGGAACCGAGGCUCUUGUGGAUGGUGCGUCUGGCCAGGGCCACUCCCAGGGGCCCAGCUGACGUCCUGCCUGCCCGUGGGCGCCCACGGACAUGGCUUGGUGCUGAGGAUAGCAGAGCCCCGGUGGUCACUGCUGGGCAGCCUGGGCAAGCCGGGCAGGCGACAGGAGGAAGACGAGGGGCGGGGCAGCUUCAGGCCAUCCCAAGAGCCUGCUUCUUAGACCAUGGCCCCUCCUGGCCCCAAACCACUGGGGCUCAGGGUUCGAGGGCCCAAGUGCUGGUUUUCU